UCACCAUCACUGUCAUCAUCCAUCUCCUCUUCAUCAGCACCAUCACUACCUGCACCAUCACCAUCAAAAACUAGUCUCCCUGCUGUUGAAAUAAUAAUAGAACCCAUCCCUUCUGUGGAAGAACAAACACCAGCAGAGCCAUCACGGACCCCCGCUGCUGAGGCCUUGACUGUUCCAUCUGCAGGAUCCUGGAUGGCAGUGAGGCUGCUGAAUGGCACAGGGAGGUGCUCAGGCCGCGUGGAAGUCCUUGUCCAAGGAACAUGGCAGACAGUGUGUGACGACCUGUGGGACCUGGCUGAGGCCACAGUUGUGUGCCGCCAGUUGCAGUGUGGCCAGGCGGUGGCAGCCCCCACAGGGGCCCACUUCGGAGCAGGCUCCGGGAAGAUCCUGCUGGAUGACGUACAGUGUGCAGGCAGUGAGAGCCACCUGGGCCAGUGCGUGCAUGGGAACCAGGCCAGGCGCAAGUGUGGGCACCUGGAGGAUGCCGGAGUCAUCUGUGCAGGUGAUGGCCCCUCAGCUCCCACACCCACAGCAGGCACCCCCCGUUUUCAUGCCACACUCACCCCAGCAGGACUUGCAUCAUCAACCACACUUCCUUUCUCUGAAUCUGCUGCUCUGCAGUUGACACUCAGGCCAGAAGUUGGGGUUGCCUCAGAGACUUCCCUGGCCAAAAUCCCUGCAUCUGCUGCACUUUCAUCAACAGGAGCCUGGGUGCAGGUGAAGCUACUGAAUGGCACAGGGAGGUGCUCAGGCCGCGUGGAAGUCCUCAUUGAGGGCACGUGGGGGAAGGUGUGCGAUGACUUCUGGGACCUGGCUGAGGCCACUGUCGUGUGCCGCCAGCUGCAGUGUGGCCGGGCAGUGGCAGCCCCCACAAGGGCCCACUUCGGGGCAGGAUCUGGGAUGAUCCUGCUGGAUGACGUAGAGUGUGUGGGCAAUGAGAGCCACCUGGGGCAGUGCGUGCACGGGAGCCGGGCUGGACAUAACUGCGGGCACCUGGAGGAUGCCAGUGUGGUCUGCACAGGUGUGGAUGGCUCUCCAGCCCUCAACCCCACCACCGAGCCUGAAGCCACACCACUGUCACAAGUGCUCUCAGGUAUGGGCCAUUCACCAAACCCCACUACAACAGAGCCUGAAGCUGCCACCCCGUCAUACCUGGGGCAGGCAUUAUUGAUACCUGUGUCCACCACAGAGCCUGCUGCACUUCCUCUGAAUGCUACUUCAGCAGGUGAUGGAUUAUCUGCCACCAUAGCAGUAACAGAUCCUGUGACCUUGCAACCCACACCUGCUCCCCUGGCAGGUGCAGAUUCCACAGCUGCUCUGCCUACAGCCUAUGAGAACCUGUUUCCCACAGCAUCCACGACAUCAGAGGCUCAAAAACCACCUUCUGCACAAUCAGGAGGCUGGGUCCCUGUGCGGCUGGUAGGUACCAAUGAACGUUGUGCAGGCCGUGUUGAACUUUUCUACCAGGAAGUCUGGGGAACCGUGUGUGAUGAUCUCUGGGACCUUCCACAAGCAAACAUCAUCUGCAGGCAGCUGGGAUGUGGCUGGGCCAUUUCAGCCCCAGGUGAGGCCCACUUUGGAGAAGGUUCUGGGAAGAUACUUCUUGAUGAUGUACGCUGCAGGGGAGAUGAGCAGUACCUUGAGGAAUGCUCCCAUAUUGGCUGGUUCUCCCACAACUGUGGUCAUGGAGAAGACGCCAGUGUGAUAUGUUCAGAUGCUGAAUAUUCAAUAGCUGCACUACCAGGUCACCCAAUGACUGUCUCAGCAGGAACAAUGGCUAGAGAAAAAUCUCAGUGUGGUGGCACUAUUACUAACUCAUCUGGAGCGAUUAGGAAUCCCCCAAAGAAUGAAAUGCAUGACAACAUCACCUGUGUGUGGGAGAUCAAGGCAAAUGCAUCUGAUCAUAUACUGCUGGCAUUUCCAUAUCUUAACCUUGACUGCACCAAUGAAUAUUUUGAAAUCCUGGAUGGCCCUCCAUCUUCAGCAAAGUCUCUGGGGAAGACCUGCUCUGGUUUCUACCUCACCUACUCAUCCUCCUCUAGCUCAAUGACCCUUGUGUACUUCCGAGGGUUCAACAACAUAGGGAAAAACUUCGUUGCUUACUAUUAUUCUGCAACCAAAGAGGCAGUGUCGAAGACCCCACAUCUAGUCACUAUCCCAAUAGCAACGGCCAUCCCAACAGCAACAGCCACACCAACAUCAACAACAAUCACCCCAACAACAACAAUCCCGAGAGCAACAACCAUUUCAACAGCAACAGCCAUCCCAACAACAACUCCCAAGACAUCAAUAGCAAAGCCAGAGGGCUGGCCAGAGCUACGGCUGAUGGACGGUUCCGGACGGUGCUCAGGACGUGUGGAGGUCCUGUACCAGGGAGCCUGGGGCACCGUGUGCGAUGACUUGUGGGAUCUGAAUGAAGCUGAGGUUGUGUGCAGACAACUGAGGUGUGGCCGGGCCAUCUCUGCCCUCGGGAAGGCCCACUUUGGCCCAGGGCCAGGGAAAAUCCUCCUGGACAACCUCCAGUGUGCUGGAGUGGAGCGCUUCCUGGGCCAGUGUGCCCAUGCGGGCUGGUUGGAGCACAACUGUGGUCACCAUGAGGAUGCAAGUGUCAUCUGUUCAGAUGAUGAAGAAGGUCUGCCUAACAAUCCAGGGAACUGGCCAGAGCUGCGGCUGGUGGGUGGCUCUGGUCAGUGCUCAGGCCGUGUGGAGGUCCUGCACCAGGGAGUCUGGGGCACUGUGUGUGAUGACCUGUGGGACCUCAAUGAAGCCAAAGUUGUGUGCCGGCAGUUGGGGUGUGGUCAAGCUGUUUCGAGCCCCGGUGAGGCCCAGUUUGGUGCUGGCACAGGAAGCAUCUUCCUGGACAAUGUCCAGUGCUCUGGGAUGGAACGGUUUCUGGGCCAGUGUGCCCACUUGGGCUGGUCAGAGCACAACUGCGGCCACCAUGAGGAUGCCGGUGUCAUCUGCUCAGAUGCAGAAGACACAUCUCUACCUACACCUCCAGGUCUUUCUACAACUUCUCUGGAUCAUAUAACAGGAGGAAGUCAUUCUUGUGGAGGGGUCAUUUCUAGUCUUUCUGGCUCAUUUUCUAGUCCACAAUAUCCAGAAAACUACCCAACAGACAUCCAAUGUAUUUGGGAGAUUCAUGUGGAUAAAAAAUUCCGCAUACAACUCAUGAUUCCAAGUUUGAAACUAGAAGAUGUCCUUGGAUGUCCCUAUGACUCAGUGGAGAUCUUCGAUGGCCCCAGGAUUGCUUCACUGUCCAUGGGGAAGCUCUGUGCUCCAGUAGCUGUGAUGUUUUUCUCCUCGUCAGACAUCAUAACAGUGGUGUUCCAGAGUGAUUCAAUGAUAACUAACACUGGCUUUCAUGCUCUGUUCAAUGUGGUUCCACAGGAUGAAAGCAAGUCAGAAGAUGCACCUGUGUUGCGGCUGGUGGGCAGCUCCAAUCGGUGCUUAGGUCGUGUGGAAGUCCUCCACCAGGGGACCUGGGGCACCGUGUGUGAUGACCUGUGGGACCUGAAUGAAGCCGAGGUUGUGUGCAGACAGCUGGAGUGCGGACAGGCAGUUGCUGCUCCCGGAAAUGCUUACUUUGGCAGAGGUUCUGGAGACAUUGUUCUGGACAACAUCCAGUGUUCAGGAAGUGAGAACCAUCUUGGCCAGUGUCCCAGCUCCGGCUGGUCAGACCACAACUGUGGCCACCACGAGGAUGCUGGUGUGGUCUGCUCAGAUGCUGGGAACUGGGCAGAAGAUGUGGCUCCUGCACCCCCAGCUUCCAUUCCUCAAGGCCCUGUACCACAAGGAGGAAGUAACUCUUGUGGAGGAUUAAUUUCAAGUCCCUCAGGCUCCUUCUCCAGUCCUUGGUAUCCUACAAACUACCCCACAGAUGUGGAGUGUGUCUGGGUGAUACAUGUGGCUGAGAAGUUCCACAUAGAACUGAUGAUCCCAAGCCUGAAACUAGAGGACAUCUAUGGGUGCCCAUACGACUUUGUGGAAGUCUUUGAUGGACAGCAAGCUGCCUCACUCUCCAUGGGCAGGUUUUGUGCUGGGACGGAUCUCACAUUCCUCUCCUCUUCAAAUGUCAUGACUGCAGUGUUCAGAAGUGACGCCAUGAUCACCAACACGGGGUUUUAUGCUCUGUACAACACCGUGCAACAAGAUGAAAGGGAGAGUGGUAUUGAUGGCAAUAACAAUGGAGAACCAAAAGAUAUCACUGAUGACCAUUCACUCACAGAUGAAGAUUUUCAUUGUGGUGGUUUGCUCACAAACAAUUCAGGCACUUUCGCCAGUCCUUGGUAUCCUAAAAACUACCCCACAAGUAUUGUAUGCACCUGGGAUAUACAAGUGGACAUAAGGGCUCGUGUCAAACUUACAUUUGAAGUGAUCAAAUUGGAAAAUUUCUAUGGCUGUCCGUAUGACUUCAUUGAAAUCUUUGAUGGCCCACAAAGUGAGUCUUUUUCGCUGGGAAGGUUCUGUUCCAGGGCAACCCCAAUAUUUACCUCCUCGUCAAACCAAAUGACCGUGGUGUUCCAUAGUGAUGCAAUCUUCACCAACAUUGGUUUCUAUGCAUCUUAUGAGUCCCUGGUGCAAGAUGAGAAUGACACAGAUGUGGCCCUCAGGCUGACCAAUGGCAGCCACCGCUGUGAGGGCCGUGUGGAGCUGUACUACAAUCGCAGCUGGGGCACAGUGUGUGACGAUAGCUGGGACCUCCAUGACGCCCAGGUGGUGUGCAGGCAGCUGGGCUGUGGCAGGGCCGUGGCAGCCCUCGGCCAGGCACAUUUUGAGAGAGGUGAGGGCCCCAUUGCCCUGGACGACAUGGAGUGCAUGGGGACAGAAGCCAGACUGUGGCACUGCCUGCACAGUGGCUGGUUCACCCACAACUGUGGCCACCAUGAGGAUGCUGGUGUCAUCUGUUCAGACUCUCUGCCUUAUCCAACACCAUCAGCGGCUGUGAGUUAUUCAACCUCAGCAUCUUUUCCAAAGCCUAUAGAGGUGCCCACAUCAACAGUUUCUUCAACUCCUGGACAGCAUCCACAUGGUUUCAAUCCAAUAGAUCUGCCAGUGGUGAGGCUGGUUGGCGGCAAGAACCAGUGUGAGGGCCGCGUGGAGCUCCACCACAAUGGCACCUGGGGCUCUGUGUGCGAUGACCUGUGGGACCUGCCUGCUGCCCAGGUUGUGUGUCAGCAGCUGGGCUGUGGGAUGGCCCUGGCAGCUCCUAGAGGUAGCCUGUUUGGCGAUGGCUCCGGCCCUAUCUUCCUAGAUGAUGUACAAUGUACAGGUGAAGAGACCAACCUGGGGAAGUGCCUCCACCUCGGCCUGUCAGUGCACAACUGUGGGCACCAUGAGGACGCUGGGGCCAUCUGCUCAGCUGUUGAAGUUGUCCCAGCUUUGGCAGAAACGGCCCCCACUGUUGAUCUUCCUGACAUUAGGUUGGUGGACGGGAAGAGCCGGUGUGAAGGGCGAGUUGAAGUCUACUACAACGGCACCUGGGGUACUGUGUGCGAUGAUCUCUGGGCCCUCAAUGCUGCCCACGUGGUGUGCCAGCAGCUAGGCUGUGGAGAAGGCGUCGGUGCUCUGGGGAACGGCCACUUUGGGGAGGGUGUUGGGCACAUCCUUCUGGAUGACGUGCAGUGCCAAGGCAAUGAGACUUCACUAGGCCAGUGCUGCCAUUUGGGCUUGUCUGUCCACAACUGUGGCCACCAUGAGGACGCUGGAGUCAUCUGCUCAGCAUCAGCCACAGAAAUGACCACUUCACCUGAUCCUACCUCAAUUUCAGCCACAGAUUUGGUCCUUUCAACUGAAUCUUUGGAUAUUGCUAUAUCUCCUUUAACAGAUUUUCCUUCACUCUUACCUGAAGUGACCUCUCCAUCAGAUACAGCUUCAGCCCUAGUAGAAGUAGAUGCUCCCUCUGAUACAACCUUUACAUCAAAUGAAGUACCUUUUUCACCAGCUGGAGACCCAAUUUCAAUGAAAGUGACACCAUCCCCUGUUACAAUUUCAAUGCAAGAGAUGAUCCCUUUACCUGACUCGCCCCUGCGCCUGGCGGGCGGGAAGAACCGCUGCGAGGGCCGGCUAGAGGUGCGGUACCAGGGCGAGUGGGGCACCGUGUGCGACGACCACUGGAACAUGAAGAAUGCCCGCGUCGUGUGCCGCCUUCUGGGCUGCGGCCGCGCACUGGGCUCCCCGGGUCGUGGCCGCUUUGGCCCGGGCUCGGGCCCCAUUCUGCUGGACGACGUGCGCUGCACAGGCACCGAGGACGCGCUGGAGCGCUGCAGCCACGCGGGCUGGGCGCGCCACGACUGCCGGCACCACGAGGACGCGGGCGUGGUCUGCUCAGGUCCAGCUGACUCUGUUGUGCCCAAGGACAAAGCCCAGCUCUCCUGCUUGCCCCACCUCUUCCAAGCUGUCAUUGACCGAGGCUACCUCCGGAGACUGGGGUAUUCCUCCUGGGACAUUCACCUAAAUGAUAGGCUGUGUCGCCCCCAAAUCACUGGGCGCUACCUGAUCUUCAACAUUCCUUAUGGCCACUGCGGCACUGUCUGGCAGAAACACCUGGGCUCCCUCAGCUACUCCAACUCCAUCAGAGGCCACAUACGGGGCCACCCUGGCAGAGUCAUUGUGCGGCACAAGGUACCCGAGGUGAAGUUCACCUGCAGAGUGGACAGCCCGUCUGCUGUAGAAGUCGUUCAUGAGGCCGACAACACCCAGACAGAGGGUGCCAGCUAUGAUGUGUCCAUUAUAUUUCGUCAGUCACCAGCAUCCCAGCAUGGUAGCCACAUGGCAUACUAUGGCAGUCAGAGGGAAGAGGUGUUCCUCCAGGCCACGCUCCAUAACCCCAAUCCCAAUGUGAGGCUCUUUGUGGAUACCUGUGUGGCUUCUCCAGAUCCCAGUGAUUUUACCACCAUCGCGUAUGAUUUGAUCCGGCAAGGGUGUAUCAAAGACAAUACCUAUGUCAACCUCCACUCUCCACAGAAGAAUGUGGCCCAGUUCAAGUUCAAUGCCUUCAGUGUUCUUGACAGCUAUGAUGUGGUCUACCUGCAAUGUAAGAUCAUCAUGUGCAGAGAAAGGGACUACUCCUCUCGCUGCUCCCAGGGCUGUGCAGAGCGAAAAAGGAGAGAUGCUGAUCCCUUAGAGCCCAAGGAAGAGCAGACAGAGCAUUUCCAGAUAGUGGGGCCACUAGAGAUCCACAAAGCAACCAGUCAGAGCGAGACCCAAGUGUGAUCUCUCCAAUUUGCAUGUAAAUAUAUUAGAAAUUGGGAGCAGUCUACAUCUUGCAGUGAAGCAGUGUCUGGUAAAUCAGAAAUGAUCCUUACAGAGACAGGCAAGAGAAACAGAAGUAUUGCUGCUCUGAGAUUUUUUACUAAAUAAAUCUCUCAUUACUGCAUUUCAAAGGCAGUUACACUUUCUAGACUAAAAAUGCUGAUUUUCUAAUUCUGCACUAUCAAGAAGUUGAUCAUUGUCUUAAAGUGUACAAAAUGUUAUUAAAAACAGGAUUGUCUCCUUCUACCUCAUGGGCAAUUUACAGAUAUUUUAAAAAAUUGAUUCCUUCUUACUCAGAUACUAACAUGUGGAUCAUUGUUUCUGUUACUCUGGUGAUGUGAGAAUUUUCAGAUCUUGCUAAGGGUCUUAUGAAAAAUAAACUAAGUGUCUGUCAGGAAGCCACUGCUCAUUUUUCUUUAAAUCUAGUAAUGGGACAGUUGAAUCACAUGUGUCAUUGACUCAUCAAAACAAGCUUUAAUUGAUUUUGUUUCAAAGGGAAUAAAUUGGAGCCCAGCUUUAUGGGGUUGGGAUGUCAAGUACCUGCUUUCCGAGCUGCCAGAUCUCCAUGUGGUAGUGUUCUCAGUCUGUUUCACAGAUCUCACGUCAUCCAGGAAACCAGAGAAGUAUACAAACAGACAAGAAACAAUCCACAUGUUGCAGUGUGCUCCUGUUAAAGAAGGACAGCACCUGCUUUGUUUCGUGUGACAGGAAAAUACCUAUGGUAGCCUUGCUAGUCUCAGGAUUUCCUAUAAAUACACAGACUUGAACACUGAUGGUUUUGUUUUUGCUUGCCAAGAAAACUUAUUAGCGAUA